AUGAAGGAAAUGCUGAGCUGUUGGAAUUCGCGAGGGAAUUCAUUCAAGUUUGACAACAUUGCGUUUGAUAUUCAUUAUUACCACGAUUUUUCUGCGAUUUGGCGGCUGCUGCCUCACUACCGCCACAUAGAGGUCGUCGCGGAGCAUGCCAGGGAGUUAAAGCUGCUUCCUGGCUCUGUGGUCGGUGAGUGGAGCCUUUCAAGGCCUGGUCAUUUCUCGGAAGAGGAAAAGGCAGACUUCGCCCAGAAGCAGGUGGUAGCCUACAACCACGCAUCACACGGAUGGUUUUUCUGGAACUGGCAUGACCAUGCCUUCUAUCCGGACUGGGACCUUGAAAAGGGGGUCUUCGGCUCUGGAAAGCUGCCCUGUCCACUGAGACAGGAGGAGUUGCAGGGCUUCUUGUUUCCUGCAUGGGAAGGAUCAGGUCCGGUCACGCGCCCUCUGGCGCAGGCCGAACGUGAACUGAUGAGACUGAAGGAGAGCUUAACAAAGGAUACCAGCCAGUUUCCAGCAAUGGCUCGCAAGCACUCGGAGUGCAAGUCCGCCUUGCAGCCCGGACAGAUGGCGGGAGACCUUGGAUGGAUUUCCAAAGGCAGCCUCGGAGAUCAAGCCAUGGAAGAUGUCGUGCUCGCUCUCGAGGUGAACGAGCUAAGCGAUUUGGUCACCACAGCGCGUGGUGCGCACCUGGCAACAUCUUCCCUCGGCCACCCUGCUAAGUUGCAGCUUGGCUUCGGCCGAAGGCAAACUGAUGGCCAGUAUGCCCUCUUAGUCGUACAGCACAGUUGGAUGUUCGAUGGAUUCAACAUGAACCAAAGCAUUGAGCGAGGUGCGGAUGAGGCAACUUCAGGUUGGGCAAUGCCGUGGCUGAAGUCCUUGCUGCUUGCACCGGCAACGGACCCAGCAAACGGGUGCACACUCUCCGUCGCGGAUCAGCCUGCCAGCACAUCAGCAGGAGGUGGAGGAGUUGAUCGCGUUCGCAACCAUCCCACCCCAUCAGAGAUCACCGGCAAUGGCUUCAGCGCGCUGCCCGCGCAGCACGACAACAACAUCGUAAGGCGAUGGAAAGAAGUAACGCAUUCCGACAACAGGGGCAGCUACGAACACGAGUUUUUGCAGGAAGGAAAGAGCAAGAGCUGCGUCGAAAAGACGCUGUGCCGGUUGGACAUCACGGGAUGCGAGACGUGGUUUGCUGAUCUAUGCAGCUUGAACAGGCCAUGA